GGUAGUUAUGCGAUACAAUGACAUUAACUUAUUGCUUGGUUUUGUUUUGUCUAACAUCGAGUUAUUACUGCAAAAACAAACAAAAAUUCGUGAGUACGUGUACUGCAUUUUUUUAAGAAGAAGUAAUUGUUUAUUUAUUCCAGUAUGUGAUUAUCGUACCUUUGGAUAUAAUUGUUCAUCAACUUGCCAUUGUCUUAAAAAUACAGAUUGCAACAGUUCAACGGGGCGAUGUUAUAUCGAAUUAUGUGACUUUGGUUGGCAAGGUCCUAGAUGUGAUGAAGAACAGAAUAUUUUGAGACGUUUAGAUGUGCAGACAGACAUGUCAUCAACAUUCCUUAACUGGACAUCAAAUCUCGCAAUCGAUGGUAACAUUGGUCCAAAACCUGACGUUUGCAAUUGUUGUAGCGGCACAAAGAAUUCCCUAAAAUCCUGGUGGACAGUAGAUUUGGGAAAACGGUAUCCAAUUAAUAGUGUUACUGUGUUCAGUAGAGAGUUUGAUCAGUUAUAUCAGCAGCUCGCCGAUUUUGAGCUAUAUCUUGCUAACGAUACUGGGAAAAUCUCGUUUCAUCUGGUGGAAAAUAGCACAAGAAGCAUUGAUGGAAAUAAACACGUUCUUACAUUUUCAAAUAAAUUGACAAGAUUCAUUAAGAUUCAGAGACCAGGCGUCCUUACUUUGUGCGAAGUGAUGGUGUCUGAAGGGGAAUGUCAGGUGGGAACAUUUGGCGAAGAAUGCUCCGAGAUAUGUCACUGUGGUGAUGACCUUGCAUGUGAUAAAACAAGUGGACAUUGUCAGUCAGAUGCAUGUAAAUCUGGUUGGAUCGGUAAAUCGUGUAACCAAGAAUGUCCGAAGAACAGAUUUGGUGACCGAUGUAGUGAGACUUGUUUUUGUGCUGAAGGUACAUGCACUAGUAACUAUGGGGUAUGUCAGAACGGUUGUCAACAUGGGUACACUGGCUCUCAUUGCAAUCAAGUUGGUGAUUUCAACAAUCAUACCCGUCCAGCUAACGAAGAGAAAAAUUCAACAGCUCUCAUAGCAGUUGUUGUUGGCGGAUCAAUUGCUGGUCUGAUCAUAUGUGUAUUAGUAGGUGUGGUUGUUGUGAAAGUAAGACGGAAAAGCAGCGAAGGUAAUAAAAGUCACUACUCAACGCCAAACUCUCGAGCUAAUCAACCUGAUCAGGAUUAUGACACUUUAGAUAUACUUAAUGAUAACCAAGGCCGAAGAAACACAGCGUAUGAAAAUGAAGUUGUGUCUAACAUGUGAUGUAUUUGACUAGAAUAACCCUGUUAAAAAGUCUUCUGUAUUGGAAUCGUAUUAAACGAAUAUGACAAUUUUUCUAUCAUUUAUUCAUUCAUUCAUUCAUCCAUCAAAUAAUUAUAAUAUGAUCAAUGUUGAAGCUUUUAUCAAGCAUGAACUGCAGUUCUUAAUAUUAAACAUUUUGUCAAGCAUUUGUGUUUAUGUAAAAAAUAUAACCAUUUUAAAAGAAUACUCUAACAUUGUAAAAACGUUUAAAGAAAUGCACUUGACAAAUUGAAUUUGUUUAAUAUUUAACAUUUAAACCUUUUGUUUUUAGUAGAUUUGAAAGAUGUAUUCUAUUUGAGAAUGAUUUGUUACAAAUGACAUGACAACAUGCUUAG